AUGGAAGAGACCGAGGUAUGGGACUGGCUCAAUUUCUUCAGUGAAACAUUUUUGGAUCAGCUUAAAGGCCCUUUACCAGAACCAUCGAAGGAUCAUCCUAUCGUCAUUGAAGAGCCUUACUUCCAGCUGAAAGGACAGUAUUGUCGGACAAAAUCCACAAGACGCGCACUACAAUCAAUCGGCAAAACCCAAAUUGAUUUCCUUGUCAAAGACAUCGACUUGCCUAAGGAAGGUCCUGCUGAUUGGGAAAAAGUAAAGGCACUGGGUGAGUUUACCAUAUCACCUGGUGAAAACCAAAGGAAAAGAAAUAUUGUACAAUUAUCAAGGUCAGUUCGAGAGGUCUUUUGCGCUCAGCCAUUGAGACGGUUCUUACACGGUUUCUGCUUGUUUGAAGAAGAUUUUGAGCUCUGGCUUUUUGAUCGCUCGGGUGCCUACAGUUCAGGCCCAAAAAAUAUUGUUCGUAACAAGAAGUUGUUUGUUCGAGCAAUAAGCUCGUACCUACUGAUGAGCGAUGAAGAACUUGGCUGCGAUAUGUCUAUUCUCCAUCAUGGAGAAGAUAAAUUUGUCCAGUUUCCCAAAAUUGGAAAAGAUCCAGGCCAAUCAUUUGAGAUCAAGUCUAAUCCUAUUGUACAACCAAUGAGACUGAUCACUCGAGGCACUACCUGCUAUGAGACAAAAGACAAAUUAAAAGUGAUCAAGUACUCGUGGACCAGUUCAGAGGAAAAUACCGAAAUUGACUUCCUGAAUAUCGCCAAGUCUGUGCGAGGUGUUGUAAAUUGUCUUGCGUCAGAGGUUAUAUAUGAGACCAAAAGUCACUUGGAUGACUUGAACCUUUUACGAGCCAUACCUUGGGAUUUAAGAGCUGCCAACAGGUUUAUCUCAAGGGGCAUUAAGCUAAAGGGAGCACCAAUGCAGUGCUUGAAGAGAAAUCGCCGACUAAUCAGGAUAGCGAUGAUACCUCGCGGCCGAUCGAUCUACUCCGGUGGAUCUAUCCUUGAAUUCGUCGCCGGAAUUAGAGAUGCCAUCAAGGGGCAUGAGGGCCUUGUUGCUAAAGAGGUCCUUCAUGGAGACGUUUCUGAAGGAAAUAUAAUUCUUUUGAACCCAUCUCAAGAGGAUGACUUACACGGGAUGUUGAUUGACCUAGAUCAUUCGGUCAAGAUGAAAGGAAAUUUGGCUCUGGAAGAUGAUCGGUCUCUGACGGGCACUAUGAAGUUCAUGGCUCUUGAGAGAUUGCAGCACGCUCGUGACACAGGAAAGUCUAUCGGACGUACUUGUCGCCAUGAUCUUGAGUCAUUUUUCUAUGUGUUCAUUAUAGGAUGCAUAGAAUAUGAAGACGUAUCUGCAAACGAGGCCAAUGAUCUAAAUGAUUGGUGCACAAACGACGUGAAAAGCAACUUCAAAUUUAAAAGAGAUGAUAUCCAAAAUUUCGACAUAGAAAUUCUCGACAGAUUCACGGCUAGUUUCAAAGGGCUCAAGGAACUAGCCGAGAAAUUGCGACAAAUCCUUUUUCAUGAUGACGGCCGAUAUAUUGAAACGCCUGUAGACUGUGGACCUUUGUAUAGCAGAAUGAUCAAGGCAUUGGACAAAACUGUCGAGGAAAUUAGAGCUGGAAGAAUCGAGAAUAAAAUAUUUGAAGCGCGUCGAAAUUAA